AUGGAGUUCUCUUCCUCCAACGUUCCCAUCUCGCGCGAGACCUGGGCUCCCCGCUCGCCCGUGCAGCCCGCCGAGGACCGCUACUCGGAGCGUGCUCCCGUCCCGGCCCACGACGUCGACAUGCCUGAGCGCCGCGAGUCCCGCGACGCUCGCGACGACCGCGACGACCGUGACGACCGUGACCGUCGUGACGACCGCGAUGAGCGUGGUGGCCCCGGCGGCUACGACCGCAACGACCGCAGGGACAUGCCCCCUGCCGCUCCCCGCCCCACCACCGCCCCCCGUGCGGACGCCAACAACGUUCUCGGUGUCUUUGGCCUCUCCAUCCGCACUCGCGAGCGUGACCUCGAGGACGAGUUCAGCCGCUUCGGCGACGUUGAGAAGGUCAUCAUUGUUUACGACCAGAGGAUUGAGGACGCCACCCGCUGCAUUGAGAAGCUCAACGGCAUGGUUCUCCACGGACGUGCCAUCCGUGUCGACUACUCGGCUACCCAGAAGGCCCACGCCCCUACUCCUGGAGAGUACCGCGGCGAGAAGCGUCCCUUCGACGACCGCUUUGGCCGCGACAACCGUCGUGGCUACGACGACCGCUACCGUGGUGACCGUGGCGACCGUUACUCGGGUGGUGGUGGUGGCGGUGACCGCUACGAGGACAGGCGCGGUGGCGACAGGUGGGGUGGCGACCGCGACCGUACGUGGCGCGACAGGGACGGCGGCCGCGACGGUGGUUCGUCGUACCCCGCUCGUCGUGACGAGGACCCCUACGGCGGCCGCUCGCGUCGCGAGUCUGACCGCGGCGUGGACCGUGGCGCCGACCGUGGUGCCGACCGUGGCGCCGACCGCGAGGACAGGGAUGAGCGUGGCUCGGCCCGUGGUGGUGACUUUGACCGUGACUCGCGCCGCCGCUCGCCUUCGCCCGCCCGCCGCCGCUACUCCCGUUCGCCCGAGCGCCGUCCUGCUCCUCCCACCGAGUCGCGUGCCGAGCCCCGCCCCUACUAG